GGGCAGCGCCGGGCUGUUUUCGUCUCUUAACAGCAUCAGUGUAAAGAUGGCGGCGUGUAUAUGAGCUGUUUAUUUACAUUAAAUAUCCAUACCGGAUGAAAACAUGGAUAAAAAGAAGAAGCAGUAUAAUGUCACAGCUUCGUCGCUGGUUGACCUGAAAGCUGAGCUUUAUCGGAAGCAGGAGGCAUUUAAAAAUGAAAGACUUUCUAAGGAUGUUGGAACUGCACCCAAAUCACACACCAAAGUAAAGAAGCCCAACAUUUGGACCAAACAAAAUGAAGGGGUGUCUGCUCGUGCUCAGAGAGAUGUAGAACAAACUGUGGAAGAAGAAAAGAACUUGGACAAAUCAAGGCAGAAGUUGGAGGAGAAAGUAAGACUCUAUGAACAAAUGACCAAAGGAGAUUUCCCAGAUGAAGAGACGGAAAGCCUUUACUUGGUUGACUUUACACAGAAGAUAAUUGACCAGAAGAAAGGAAUACAAAACAGAGAGGCUGAGAAAGGAGACAGAGAUGGAGAAGACUCUGACACACAUGUCCCCAUUCCACCCCCACAGAACAAAGAGGAGGAGUGGGUGGACUAUGUUGAUGCAUUGGGUAGAUCAAGGAAGUGUUUAAGGAAAGAUUUACCAGAGUUUCAGAAAAUGGAUCAGGAUUUACAAAGCAAAAAAGUGACUGGAGCUGACAGGACUUUGUUGUCUGAAGAUAUGAGGCGGGAGAUGCAGAGAGAACAGUGGGAAAGGGAGGAGGAGGAGCAGAUGAAGAGGCCUGUGGGACCAAUUCACUACGAAAAUAUCAGAGAUCAAGAGGCCCGAGAGCUGGGUGUUGGAUACUUUGCUUUUGCUCAUGAUGAGCAACAGCGCAAAAAACAGAGAGAAACUUUAGAUAUGCUGAGAGACCAGACCACAGAGCAGCGCAACAAGCGGGAGCAGCUGAAGGAGAAGAGGAAAGCUUUGCUUGAAGCUCGGUUGGCAAAAGUGAGGAUGAGGAAAAUGAAGAAAAGCAAGCUAGAGUCUGGAGAUGAGUCUGCUGCUGCUCCUGAGGAAGAUGUUGACAAAGAUGAGGAUGAGGCUGAAUAUGUGAUUGGGCCUUCUCCAUCUGAGACUGUGGUAAAGAAAGUGGAGGUUGAGAUUCAAGAGAGAAAAGACUCCAGACCUGGGGUGCCGCAUGUCAGAGAGUGGGACAGAGGCAAAGAAUUCUCCUGGGGUCAGUGGACCAGUCGUCGUCGCGAGGAACGCGAUUCAGAUUUUGCCCCGCCCACUUCGUACUUUGCAGAUGAGAGAAGGGCCAAUCACACAAGACCUGGAAAAGAGGGCCACAGCAAAGGAAAUAUUUCAUUUAAAUGGUCUCAAAAACAGAGGGGAUCAGAUCAGGAGGGCACAGACAUGCAAACACACUUUACACGUGUUCCAUUUACAGACCAGCCUGCAUCUUCACAGCCUCAACAAGGACCUUUACCACCCAAUCAGGCACAGAGUGUGGAUCAGCUUUUAUCUUUCUAUAAAAACUCUGUUUGAAACUUUCAACAAGUAGAUCAUUUUGUUUAUUUCUCAACUUAAACUUGCUCUUUUACUAAAGUGAUUGCCAAAAAUUGAUCUGGUUAUAUUUGAAAAAGUAAAAAAUGGUAAAUAUGCAACACCUGUUAUUGCAUUUGUUUACAUCACUAAAAGAAACAGGAUUUGUUUCCUGGAAUUUAAUGAGGGAUACUGUUCAGUCCAGUGCUGAUAGAUAGAUCUAGGUAUUAGAUCUGCAUUCGACCUUGAUGUCACAGAUCUUUCUGCCCCAGACUUCAUAAAACAUGAAAAAAUGUGCGCAGUGUACAAUGACUUUUGUUGAGAUUUAUUUUAUCCACAAAUAAACAUACAUUUUAGAACA